ACUCCAACCUAAACCCCCUUACCCCGCUCUCUGUCUGUCUCUCUCUCUCUCUCUCUACAAAAACCCAGAACACUCACAACUGUCUCUUUCAACUCUCUCAAAUAUUCCCCUUUUCUUCAUUACCAAGCAAAAAACUAUUCUUAGCAUUCAUCCAAAAAAAAAUCAAAAAACCAUAAAUCCCCAAAUUUGCGAUUUUAUUCACAUCUCAAAACCCUUCAUCAUCAUCGGAUUAUGUCGUCGGCAGCCGCCGCCGCAGAUUUUCAUUCUCCGAUCAGUUCCUCCGUUCAAUCAUCUAACCCUAACUUUAAUCCUAAUAGCUCUAAGUUCGAUGCAGGCUUUGAUUGCAAACCGGGUUCGGGUCGAUCAAGGCGAAAGCCGAGACUUGUGAAGAUGAGGAAACAAUCGGGUCCUCGAAAUGUGGACCCGAAUGAUUUGAAGUUUAAUCCGGUUAACCCGGUUAACAAUGUGAGUUUUGUAUUUGGUGCUACUAGUAAGAGUGAUUCUACUUUGAAUACGAAUUUGGAUAAUUUUAGUGCUGUUUUUAGUGCUAAUAAGAGUGAUUUUGCUUCGACCUCAGGAGCAGAAAUUGGCAGUGAGGGUUUUGGUGCUAGUAAGAAUUAUUAUUCGAAUUUGGAGAAUUUGGGUUUUGUUUUUGGAGCUAAUAAUAUUACGAGUAGCUUGAAAUUUAACUCUAAGAACAAGAAUGAGGAUCGAAUAAAUAAGAAUAACUUGGGGUCCUAUCCAAAUGUGUUGAAUGAGGCGCCUGCUUGUAGUGAGAGUGAUAGUAAUAUAAAGUCGAGUUUAGAGUUUGGGCAGAGGAAGUCUAAUGGCAAUGUAGGGAAACCGCAAGUUGAUCACAUCAAGGUCAAGAAUCUUGAUAAUGUCAGUUCUAGUUUUGUUGUUAAUGAAUUUGAGUCAGCUACUGAUCCAAAGGUCGAGCAAAGUGAGUCUCGUAAAAGUGAGCAAUCGGGUAGUUUCCACUUUGGGGAAUUUGCUACUGGAAGUACAUUGCAGUCGGAUAAAUUGAAAGCUAACUUUGUGUUUGGUGCUAGUAGACCUAACUUUGACUUGGGGAAUGGAGUGUGUAAUAAAGAUGGAGCAGAUAGGGGGUCAGAAUCUCAGGGUCCAAAAUCGACGGGCACUUUUGCUUUUGGCAGUGGCAUUGAAGGAAAAAACAAAGUGAAUGAAAAUACAAAGCUUGCUGAAGAUGUGGAGGAUUUUAAUAGUGAGAAGACCCAAAAUCACAAUGGUUGUUGGAGUGCUCAAAAAAGUAACUUGGGUGCUGAUGGGAAGCUCAAGUUUACUUCAAGUAGUAGGAAUGUUGUGGACACUGAUUUACCAAAAGCCCCCAUUUUUAAACUCUCUGAUGAGAUGAAUUCAUUGAACAUUGGCCAUUCAGCACAGGUUAAUGGUGCUGAGAAGACCAAUAACAUGAAUGAAAAGUCACGUGUCGACAUCCAGAAUGUAUUUGUGUUCGGACUUAACCAAAAAACAUCAAAUGUUACAACUGAAAGCACCAUGCGUAAUCCUUGUGAUCAGCCCAAGGAUUUGAAUUUGAAAGAUCAUGGUAGUGGCUGUGGUGUUGCUAAAGCUGAUACAACUGAUGGCGAACCAAAUGCUAAGAAAGCUUGUGCACCCGAAAUUGGUGAAAGUUUUGCUAGUUCAUUAAAGGGAAUCAAGGACAAAAGGAUGCCUGGAGAAACGGUGCAUACAAAUGCUAAAUUUGGUCUUUCCAGUGAGCAAGUAAAUUCAUUUUGCUUCUCAGCAGGAACCUCUGGGAAGGAAAAUCAGCCAAUAAAUUUUAACACUACGACCGGUACGUUGAAUGAAUUACUGCAGAAUAGUCUAAAUAGUGACACGGAGAGGGAUAAGAUCCCCUUUCCAUUAUUUACACCAGAGGUUUUUGGUUCCCAGCACAAAGUUGACACCGCGGAAGCACCUCCUGGCCAUCAAGAUGAGAAAAAGGAAGAGUUCAGCUUUCCAAGCACACCAUUUGUACCUGGGACGCCCAUUUCUGAUUUUAGUGCAUCUAAUUCUAAUAUAUCGUUUUCUUUUACUGCAAAUUUAUUUUCCGGAGUAAAUGAUAAGUUGGGUUGUGGAACAAGUAGCAGAUUGAGGAACAAAAAAGUGAAAAAGAAGAAGUCAUUGAGGCAACGAACCUUGGCACAGCAGUUGGCUGGGCAGACUGAUUCGUCCAACGAAGGCAGUUCUAAGCACAAUAAUGAGUCUCCUGGAUGUUGUUCACCUAUGGAUUUUUCACCAUAUCAGGAUACAAAUUCUUCAACAUCUGCUGGUUAUUCUACUGGGGCUACUGAAACUAAGGAGGAUGUGGUUGCUCCCAAAGAAGCACCUGUUUUCAAUGAGUCUGAGAAGAAAUGUGGAGAAGGAAAUGAGAAAUAUUAUGGGUCUGAUUCUGGAAAAGACUCUGAUACUCAGAGAGAUUCUAGUUCCUAUACUUCACCCUUGGCACAAGAUGGGUUAUCAUCCAUAAGGCGCCAGUAUAGGAAGAAAUACAAGUUGAAAGUUGAUAGUGGUUCAAACAACUUAAAUCACAGGAAAGUCGAGUUUUCGUCUGAUGCAGUUCAACAUUCUUCCUCUGGUCGCAAUUGUUCAGAAGACAUCCAAAGCGGAGUUAAAUCUCAUGUGCGGAGUAAAGGGAUUCAUGUGUCGAAAGCUGAUGAAGAUCAUGGGAAGCUGGGCCUCACUGAUUGUGAAUCCUGUGAACAGUGGCGGAUCAGGGGAAACCAAGCUUAUAAGGCUGGAAAUCUUCUGCAAGCUGAGGAUUUCUACACUAAGGGUAUCAAAUCAGUCUCUGCUACAGAAAUUCCAGCCUCUUGCCUGGAGGCUCUUGUGUUAUGCUACAGCAACCGAGCUGCCACGCGAAUGUCACUUAGAAGGAUGAGGGAAGCCAUCAGUGAUUGUUCAUCUGCAGCUGCUUUAGAUUCUAACUUUCUUAAAGUAAAACUAAGAGCAGCAAAUUGUUAUCUGGUUCUUGGCGAGGUUGAAGAAGCAAUUCAGUAUUACAACAAUUCCUUGGAAUCAAGAAUAAAUUUGUGCCUGGAUAGGAGAAUUACAAUUGAUGCAGCAGAUGGCUUGCAAAAGGCACAGAAAGUAUCUGAACAUAUGCAUCGGUGUGCUGAACUUUUGCAACAAAGAACUUCAGAUGCAGCAAAAAAUGCACUUGGAACUAUCGAUGAGGCCUUGUCUAUCAGCUGCUAUUCAGAAAAAUUACUUGAAAUGAAAGGAGAGGCUCUUUGCAUGCUGCAGAUGUAUAAUGAAGUGAUUGAGCUAUGCGAGAAUACUCUUGAUAUUGCUGAAAAGAAUUUUACCUCUGACUUUGCAAACUUGAAUGAUUUCAAUUGCAAAAGCUCCUCUAUGAAGCUUUGGAGAUGGCGCCUCAUGUCCAGGUCGUACUUCCAUCUUGGAAAGUUUGAGGUGGCUCUUAACUUAAUUGAGAAACAAGAGGAAGUGGUUUCUGUUGGGAAAAGAUCUGGAAACAUGACCCAGGAAUCAUCAUCUGCUCUAGCAGCCACUAUCCGUGAACUUUUGCGUUGCAAGAAAGCAGGAAAUGAGGCAUUUAAGUCUGGAAAGUAUACGGAAGCAAUAGACCAUUAUAGUGCCGCUAUAUCCAGCGGCGUUGAGUCGCGUCCUUUUACAGCUAUCUGUUUCUGCAAUAGAGCGGCUGCUCACCAAGCUCUUGGUCAGAUUGUUGAUGCCAUUGCAGAUUGCAGUGUUGCCAUUGCUCUUGAUAAGAACUACACAAAGGCAGUUUCAAGGAGGGCUACCUUACAUGAAAUGAUUAGAGACUAUGAGCAUGCUAUAAAUGAUCUUGAGAGGCUCAUAUCCCUUCAGGAGACUCAAUCACAAGAAAGGACUCGACAAUCUGAGGCGCUAGAUAAGUCAAAUGGAAGCAGUGCUAAAGAAGCAAAGCGAACUCGUCGACAGAUUUUGUCAAUUCAGGAGAAGGCUAAAAGAGGGACUCCAUUAGAUCUUUAUCUUAUCUUGGGAAUCAAGUCAUCUGAUACGGAAUCUGACAUCAAGAAGGCAUACAGGAAAGCAGCCCUGAGACAUCAUCCUGACAAGGCGGGUCAAAUUUUGGCAAGGAGUGAUGCUGUGGAUGAUGGAGGGUUGUGGAAAGAGAUCUCUGAGACUGUUCGCACGGAUGCUGAUAGGCUAUUCAAAUUGAUUGGGGAGGCAUAUGCUGUACUCUCAGAUUCCGACAAGCGUUCAAAGCAUGAUUUAGAAGAGGAAAUGAGGGAUGUUCAAAGGGACAGUAUGAGAAACAGUGAUUCUUGCAGACCAUCUGAUUCUUACUCUUCUCCAUUUGAGAGGACCAACUGGUCUAGGAGACAGUCUAACUUUUACAGUUCUCCAUUUGGAAGAAGCAGUAGCAAGCGCUAUGGACAGGAGUAUUGGAGAACCUAUGGAGAGUCACAUCCACGAUGGUAAAAGAUAUGUACGCCUAUGGUACUUUUACAUAUCUCUAGAAUUAGAGAUGGUGCCUGCAGCUCUGUACAAAGAUGAAGCUUUGAUUAGUUCGGCUCCUGCUUGUCCAGUGGAGCUGUCGGACGAUAAUUGGCAAUAAGAGCUGUAUAUUUAUGAAUUUACUUGCGACCAAGACAUGUCAUUGAAGAAGUUGCUUGUGCAGUCACACAUGCAAUGUUGCAAGGCACAUCAGGAUGUUCAGUGACUCUGGUCGAGGAAGAUGGAAAUGCCUAUUUCCUUGAACCCGUAAUUUCAUAUCGUGGAAGCACUCGAGUUUGAGUAGAUUCAUUGUGAUAGAGGCCUGCAGGUAUCUGUGAACACGAUGUAUUAGUAUAAUCCCUCAAAUGGCAAUUCAACCGUCAUUUCAACUGGUUGAUAUUGAGAAUAAAGUUCAGACCAACUUUCUAGAGCUGCUGCAAAAUGCUCAGCCACGAGAGAAUUUAGCGCAAAUUUCAGUUGCAUGCAUGCAGCCAUUAUUUCAGAUGUAUAUUUUUAUGUAAUUAUAUGCUGCUCAUUCAGGUCGAUGAUUAUUUUGGAAAAUCGAAUGAUAGCCUUUUUGUUUUAAUCUUUUGGUUGCCUAAGGUCUAAAAGUUACUCCC